AUGGCUUCUGCAUGUCCUGUUGGUGUCAAUCCGCAUGUCCCCGGCUUCCCUUUGUGGGAUCGGCACAGAAGGCAACGCGUGAGUGUCGGGUCGACUUCUGCCCUUCCUCUACGUCAGGGUGUACCCCGUUUACUCCCUGGCGUGCACCCUUUUGCCCUCGUGUCAACUCUGCCAUUUCUGGCCAAGCGGAGCAGAAAAACUAUUUGCAAUGCUGGACCUCGUGUGGCUGUAAUCGGUGCAGGGCCGGCAGGCCUGGCCUCAGCAGUGGCUUUGCGCAGAGAGUGUCCAGAUGUUGAUGUGAUGGUCUACGAGCGCUCUCCAGAAUUACGGCCUGGUGUGGGUGGUGGUGUUCAGCUACAUUCAGGGGCAGCAUUGCUUCAAGAUCUUGGAGUAGAUUUGAACUUUGCCCAAGCAAUGCGGCGCAUCCGGAGCAGAGCAGUGGAUGGCUCGGAGUUGCUCAAACUGGACCUAGUGAAACUGUUGGACUCGUUCAAACCUUUUGUUGGCUCUGUACGUCGACCAAAUGGGGAGCCAGCCAGCUGCACAGUCAUGCGUGAUGCGCUGCUGAGAGCAAUUGCAGAUCAGUUGCCAGUGGAGUCCAUCUCAUUGGGCAUGGAGCUAAAAGAUAUCCAAGGCGUACUUGAACGCAAUGUAGCUUUUGCUUUUAGCUUGAUUUUGGAGGACUUUGAUUUGGUAAUUGCGGCUGAUGGCAUUGGUAGUCUUGCACGUGGUGUAGUCCUGCAGGAAGAUGAAGAACCGCGAUACACAGGACUUCGAAUUCAAUACGGUGUCAGAGAAGCUGGAGGAAGACCAACAGCUUGUGAGGAGGAGGUUCACCAAUGGUUUGGACAAGGUGUUUAUGCACUGACAGCAACCUAUGGUGGUUUGGAUGGCAAAAUGUUUGAAAUGCUUGCUGUGGUUUUUAGAGAUGAUGCUCCAGUGGCAGAGAAUCCAAACUGGAAUCCUGUAGAAGUCAAGGACAACUGCUUGGAGCGACUUCGUGCAGCAGGUCACCGUGAUGAGGUUUUGGAACUGGCGAAGAGCUGCAGCCGCUUCUUCGAGCUCGGAGUUUGUGAAAGGACUUUGCCUGGAGCAGUUGGCGCCUUCAUUCGUGAUAACUUCUUCCGGGCUUCUACUUCAUGUACACCUGCGGCUGAGCCGACCGCUGGUUGGGUGGACGUUGUGAUGCAAGAGACUCCUCUGGACGAGGAGAUUGCGACCGAGAAGUCCUUUGCCAUGCUCGAGCAGGUCAAUGGCGUGGAGGUGGAUUCAGCCCUCGCUUUUGCUGUCAACCUCUGGUUAGGGUUUCUGGUCAACCCGGCCGGGCCAAUUGCGCAAAUGGCGCCGGAGAAGCGUGAGAUUGUCAUGAACCUGCUCGCUGCAGUGGCCGACGGGCAACGAUUCACCAAGAAAGAAGUUGAACAGAUGCUGACAAGACUUAACUGGGCCACGAACGCAAUUUUCCUGGCCCAUUCUUUCCUUCAAACCAUUUGGACUUGGUUCAUGUCCCUGGAGAGCAGUGGCGUCCCAAGCCGUCUGCGGAUGAUUGCCAACCUCCUGAUGGCCUUGUUUUCUACUGACUACAAACAGGCCUCACCUUACAACUGGUGGGGCGCUAGUGAUGCAAGCAAGUGCCAGCAAAGGCGGUGA